AUGCCAUGUGCCGCUUUGGCUAUGCCGUGUGCAGCCAUUGACCGUGCCCCGCCCUCUCUGCUCCCCCCUCCCACCAGUGGCAUGAUGGACAACUACCUGAUGGGGUCGGUGCCGGCGCUGGCAGCUGGGUUGCGUGUCUUGGACGUGGGAUACAACUUCCUCACGGACGGCCCAGCAAUCACCUACACCUUCUGUGGCAGCGUCAACAACUGCCUGAAGACGCCCUCCAAGUGCCCCAACUCCGUCGCCGGAACCGCUCAGAAGCCUGCGGCAAGUUGUGCCUUCUGCGGCACCACCAACGGCAUGGGACCCUACUGCACUGGGACGGGAGCAAUGUGCAUGGCAAACGCUUCUGCUGUCGUGGCUACCGGCACUGUCAACUCGCUGUCACAGCCUCUGCUGCCCUUCACCUGUGUGGGCGGGACGGCAGUGACCAUGACUGCAGCGGAAGCGGCGGCCAUGCUGAGCAUCAAGUCGGCCCUGGGACUCACCUUCACCACGUGGGCCACCACUAACCCCUGCCAGCUCAGUGGUGCUGCCGCCACUUCUGGCUUGUGGGACACGCUGUCCUGCAACAGCAAUGGCAACGUCAUUCAGAUAUAUCUCCGCGACCUCGACAUCACUCGAAAGAGCUUCCCCACCGACAUCAGCAAGCUCACAGCCCUGACCAACUUAGUGUUCAUGCAGUACAUGGAUGGCGACCUCGGCAAGUACCUCAGCGUCUUCAGCUCGCUCACCACCUUGAAAGGCAUAUCCCUGCAGUACAACUGGUUUACCGACACUUUCCCAAGUGUCAUCGCGAGUGUGCUAAGCCUGACUGAGCUGUGA